AUGCGAUUCAAGGCCGCCCUCAUCGAUCUGAGCGGCACCCUCCACAUCGAUGGGCAAGCGAUCCCAGGGGCUGUGGCAGCUCUUGAGCGCCUGCGCGCCGCGCAGCUGCCGUGCAGAUUUGUCACCAACACGACCAAGGACACCGUGGACAGUCUGGUGAUGACACUGCAAACCCUUGGCUUUGGCAUCUCCAAGGACGAGGUUGUGUUCUCGUCCCUGUCUGCAACCCGCCAGCUCCUGAAACAGCGUGACCUGCGCCCCUUGCUGCUCCUGGACCGACGUGCCCUGCCCGAGUUUGACGACGUCCCCCAGCAUGAUCCUAACGCUGUGGUGGUGGGUCUGGCCCGAGAGGCCUUCAACUACGACAGCCUGAAUCGUCACGCCUCCAUGCUUCUCACCCUGCAAAGCGCCUUCCGGCUCCUGCAUGCCCAGCCAGCAGCCCCCCUCAUUGCCAUCCACCGUGGACGAGUGUUUGCCGAGGCCAGUGGUCUCUCUCUGGGGCCGGGCCCGUUUGUCACUGCUCUGGAGGUGGCCGCAGGCAGGACCGCCCAGGUGGUGGGGAAGCCGGCGCCCACCUUCUUCGCGGCAGCGCUGGACCACCUCGGCGUGGCCUCGGAGCACGCUGUCAUGAUCGGGGAUGACGUGCGGGAUGACGUGCAGGGCGCUCAGGCAGCGGGCCUAGCGGGGGUCCUGGUGCAGACAGGCAAGUACCAGCUGGGGGACGAGGGAUUCGGUGCGCCGGCGGCCUCCGCCCCAGACGCCACGGUGCCAGACUUUGCUGCCGCAGUGGACUGGCUGCUCAGCCAGUGA